AUGAGACGGCGCGAGAAGUUGACUAAACCGUGGGAAAACAUCAGAGCAUGGGAUAUAGUGGGGCUGCUAGGUAAUGCACGCAGAGUACUACUAAACUCACUAGAGCCACUUGCGGCACGGAUAGCGUCGCAAACAGAGGCCGUAGCCACUGAUGCCGAGGUAGCUGGUGAGGUGGAGCAGAUAAUAAAUAUGGUUAUGCUGCCCAUGACGCUGGAGCGGUUCUUUUUGUUUGCGCUGUUAGGAUGCCUGGACUGCUUCAUAUAUUACUUCACCAUUGUACCUCUACGGCUGGCGGGGGGGCUAGUGCGGCGCGAUACAAGCGCUAAAGCUACGCGGGAUCUGCUGAUGCUAAGUAUGAUUGUGGUAGCAAGCGCAAUUCUGCUUCGCGUGGACACAUCGAGGGUUUACCAUAGAAUCAAGGGCCAGAGCGCGGUAAAGCUCUACAUGAUGUUCCAGGUGCUGGACAUGUGCGACAAGAUGUUAGCAAGCCUGGGGCAGAACCUGCUGAGCACUUUGACAGUCUCGCGGGCUUGGCGCACCCGCGACACAGCGCUAGUGGUGGCAGCUACAGGGUACUUGGUGGCACAUGCGUUUGUUCUGAUAUACCAGACCAUUGCGCUGAACGUCGCGGUGAACUCGUACUCGAACUCUCUGCUAACAUUGCUCCUUUCGAUGCAGUUUGCAGAGCUCAAAGCAUCCGUAUUCAAGCGGAUGGACAAGGAGGGCGUCUUCCAGCUUGCAAUCGCCGAUAUCGUGGAGCGGUUCCAAUUACUGACGUUCCUGACAAGCAUUGCGUUUCGAAACGUAGUGGCGACUGGGCACUCGAUAUCGCGGGUCUUACCGAACUCGUGGCAGCUUGCGUCAACCUCAUCGGUGUUGCUGGGCGUUCUGUACGGGCCCAUGGUGAUGGUCAUCGGUAGCGAGCUACUGGUUGACUGGGUGAAGCACGGCUAUGUCACCAAAUUCAACCGCCUGCGCCCGCACCUAUAUGACCGUUUUUUGCAUAUACUGUGCAAUGAUCACCAGAAUAAUCUGCACAAAUUCCAAGCACGUAUCGGCUUGCCGGUGCCGGCGCUGGUCGUACUGUUUAUCGUGCUGGUAGGGCCUGCGGUUUUGCAAAUGCUGGAUCCUACCAAUACCUCGAGGCUCAACAUCAUAACUGUUCUUGCACUUGUAUUUAUUUGCAUGGUUCUGGCCAAGUUUAUAUUGCAAGCGCUACUCAUGAAAUGGGCGAAGACACUUCAGCAACAGCAUGCACCUGCACCUCAAGGGAUCUACGUGCCUGGUGCGCUAUCACCAGGCCUGGGUAAGGUUGACGAUCAGAUGCGGGCUUCCAUACACUCUAAACCGUUCCCAUCGUCGUCAGAUUCAAAUGAGGAAACUAGGAAGACGGUACCACCCAGCUUAAAUGAGCUACGUAACAAGAAAGACACCAAGAACACACACUCACUGGAAGCCGUCGAGCGCUUUAAGAUGGUCUCCAAGCGAAUAUGGUGA